UUACCAAAGGAAGAGAAUAUUAGAGAUCAGUGCCAAAGCUGUUCCCCUCAUUUCUCACCACGCAGUGUUCUCUUGGCCGGCCAUGAGCCAAACCAUGUCGGGCCCUGGAGAUUGGUUCCAAUUCUAUCACCAUAACCUUUCUAGUCAGGCGACAUCUCCGGGCCACGCCGCAUCUCGGCCGCCGCCUGAUCUGCUCGAUACUCGAGCAUCUGAUGACACUGUUGUCACCUCCACUGUCACUUCCGUCGCCACGUUGAUGACUCCACUCGGCUCCGGCGGCGCUGGUACCUCUAGCUCAAACAUGAGUACUGGUCAUCGCUUGAGCCCCGAAGGCCGUGUCUCCAAGCCCAUACGCAGGCGGUCUAGGGCUUCUCGACGAACCCCUACUACGCUGCUCAACACAGACACCACCAAUUUCCGAGCCAUGGUGCAACAAUUCACCGGUGGUCCUAGUGCGACCUUUGCCUCGGCCGGGGCGCACCCCGGUGCACCAAACUUUGGUUUUGGGUUAGGAGCUGCCGGCCGUCAAGCUCAUGUUAAUAAUCCUACUGCAAUGAUGUUGCCUCCGGGUCGCGGAUAUCAUCAUCUGCAGCCUCAACCACAGCUGUACCAACCGCAAAGUCAGCAAUACAUGUUUUCGUUGGGCAGCAACAACGCACCUGGGGAUGCUUUUCUUCAAAGACUUAGCAGCUCAAGACCCUCCAACGCAGGGGUCUCCGAUGGGUUUGUGAUGGAGGGCGUUUCAUCCUCCUUCCAAGUGCCUAGGCCAUCUAGCUCCUCCAAUGAGAAUAGGAGUAACAGUUUAAUGUUUUGAUAAAGACAGAAAGAAGAAGUUAGGUAUACUGACUUUUUUUUAGGGAGAAAUUGUUGACCAAUGUAAAUUACUGCAUGUAGAUGUAUAUCCUUUUUCACUCGAUAGCAAUAUUGUCGGCUACACUUGGCCUCGGAUCCGUAGGGUUCACCAUUUUUUCUUUUACUUUGGUUGCUAUUGAGUUGGGACUUGGGAAUUUGCUGAAUUACUGAGCGCAGGUUACGAGCCUGCCUAUAUUUUAUUCCA